AUGCCGACGCCUUCCCCCGCCCCUCCUCUGCCAACACACACCACAAUGCAACCCAACGCCCCAAAGCCACAUCACAACCGCUUACUCCGUACGGUCUACGAACCCUACCUAUCGAAAUUCAGCUACGCCAUCCAUGUAUACCUCAGCGCCGUCGUCGUCAUGCUCUGCACAGACUCAGUCCUUCCCUACCAACCCAUAAUAUUCUUCCUCUACGCCAUCUUAAUCGGCGCAGGCAUCUACAAAACCAAAGACGCCUUAAGCCGUGUACAAAUCCGUACCUCAAUCCGCGCCGUACACUUUACCCUAUGCUUCUACACGCUAUCAACACUGCAGCAAUACACCACACAUGGCAUCACAGGCACUUUCCUGCCUGGCGGGAAAUUACCCAACGCGGCCAGCGGACCCACGGGAUACUGGACAUACACGCCCUACUUACUACUCGACAAGGAUCAGAUCCCAAAGAUGUCGCGUCUCAGGUAUCGAUUUAGCCUAGCCCACUCGGCUCACACCUUCCAAGUCGUCGUCUUCCACACCGUCACCGGCUUGCUCAACCAUGCCGUACGUCGCCUCGUCAAUCCCGCCGCUGUGUAUCCUGAUAGCAGCGCGAAACUUUGCUGGCCGGCCCAAUGUGUAGAUGUAAAUUGGUUUGAUGAUCUUAUGCUGGUGGCUCCGGGCAUGAAUACGUAUCUUUUCGAUGAGUAG